UUUCCCACCAAAGACUCCUUUGCCCCCCGCCCCCCCCCCGACCAUUUGUAUGUGCAGAGCCCUUUUUAAAUGUCUGCUCAUAGAAAAACUGAAAGUAGAAAGAAAGGAAGCAAUUUCCGAGCAGAUGUCUGACCACCCCUUCUCGCACACUCCCAGCAUCGGGUUACAAGGUCCCGGGAGCCCCCACCCACAUUCUGCGGGCCCCACACGGGUGAACCUCCCAAGUCCCUUCCCACCAGAUUGCGCACGACCUUUGAAUGCCCAUCCCCCUCCCCCGACCCUCCUCCUGCCUUGCCGGUCCGGGCCCCUGGGAAGCAAGGGGGGCCGCGGAGCAACAAUGAUAUAGGUAUAAAUAUGAAGCCGUGACAUUGACGUGCCCGGCGCCUCCCCUCCCCCGCGCUCCCGGCACACUCUGGGCCGCUCGGCACGCCCCCUCCCGUUCCACUGCGUCCCGCGCGGCGCUCAUCCCCGAGGGGCCCCUGCAGCCUCCGCGUGAAGACGGGCUCCAGCCCGGCGAGGGAACGAAAAGUGCUAACAUUGCGGACCGAGGCGCGCCGGGGCAUAUUAUGUGAUCGCCUCCGUGUCGGGGUAGAGGACUUCGUUUCGGGGAGGGAAGAGGAGGGCUCGGCGGUUCGCUCCUCUCCGGCGGCAGCGGCGCGGCGCGGCGCAGCACCUCGGCAGGCGGAGUUUCGCGGCCGCCGCACCGCAGUCGAGCCAGGCGAGCCGGCGGGAAGGUCGCUCCAUCCAGUCCCGGCAGCCGCGAGAGCCCAGCACCGGAGGCACCGGAGCGCCUGAGCGGGCAGGGCGAAGGCCAAGGGGACCGAGGGAGCGAAGGAGCGAGCAGGCGAGCGCAACACCACCAGCCCUAGCGACGCAGCGCCGGGCGGCAUGGAGAAGGAAGGGCUGAGCCGAGCGGACCAGCAGUACGAGUGCGUGGCGGAGAUCGGGGAGGGUGCCUAUGGCAAGGUGUUCAAGGCCCGCGACCUGAAGAACGGAGGUCGGUUUGUGGCACUGAAGCGCGUGCGGGUGCAGACGGGAGAGGAGGGCAUGCCGCUCUCCACCAUCCGCGAGGUGGCGGUGCUGAGGCACCUGGAGACCUUCGAACACCCCAACGUGGUCAGGUUGUUUGAUGUAUGCACAGUGUCACGAACAGACAGAGAAACCAAACUAACACUAGUGUUUGAACAUGUUGAUCAAGACUUGACCACUUACUUGGAUAAAGUUCCAGAGCCUGGAGUGCCCACUGAAACCAUAAAGGAUAUGAUGCAUCAGCUUCUCCGAGGUCUGGAUUUCCUCCAUUCUCACCGAGUUGUGCAUCGCGAUCUGAAGCCUCAGAACAUUCUGGUGACCAGCAAUGGACAAAUAAAACUAGCUGACUUCGGUCUUGCCCGAAUCUAUAGUUUUCAGAUGGCUCUUACCUCAGUGGUGGUCACCCUGUGGUAUCGGGCUCCCGAAGUCUUGCUCCAGUCCAGCUACGCCACCCCCGUGGACCUCUGGAGUGUUGGCUGUAUAUUUGCAGAAAUGUUUCGUAGAAAGCCUCUUUUUCGUGGAAGUUCAGAUGUGGAUCAACUGGGGAAAAUCUUAGAUGUGAUUGGACUCCCAGGGGAAGAAGACUGGCCUAGAGAUGUUGCCCUUCCCAGGCAGGCUUUUCAUUCUAAAUCUGCCCAACCCAUUGAGAAGUUUGUAACAGACAUCGAUGAACUGGGCAAAGACCUACUUCUGAAGUGCUUGACAUUUAAUCCAGCCAAAAGAAUAUCUGCCUAUGGCGCCUUGUCUCACCCAUAUUUCCAAGAUGUGGAGAGGCGCAGGGAGAACCCAGCUUCCCACCUGCCGCCCAGCCAGAACACCUCAGAGCUGAACAAAGCCUGAGGCCCCUGGCCGCCUCAAGCUGAGCAUCUGGAGAACACCCUUGGUGGCUGAUGGGACCCCCUGAGCAAGCCCUGCAGAGCUGUUGAGGCUCACUGUCUGGAGGCCUUCCAGAUGCUGUCUUCUGGUUGGGCUCUACUUUCUCCAAGGAAACCACCUAGUUUACUGUUUUGAAAUCAAUGCAAGAGUGAUUGCAGCUUUAUGUUCAUUCAUCUGUCUGUCUGUCUGUCUAUCUGUCUGUUUCAAAAAAACCUGGAAAAAACUCCAGAAGAGAAGCUGCUGACCAAUUGUGCUGCCAUUUCAUUUUUUUCUAACUUUAAAUGCUGCCAGUGUGGAGUGGGUAAUCCAGGCACAGCUGACUUAUGAUGUAAUCUCUCUGCAGCUGCCAGGCCUGAUUUGGUACUUUUGAAUUGCGCGCGCGCACGUGUGUGUGUGUGUGUGUGUAUGUGUGUGUGUGUGUGUGUGUAAGAAAGAAGAGAGAUCCUGCUAUCUCUUAAAGUGUUACUUUUUGUAAACAACAAAAAUAAUUGCAUUUCAAAGAUUCCAGAUGACUGGCGAGUUACAUGUGCUUGUUCAGGAAGGUGAGUCGCCAGAGCAAUCUUCACAAAUUAGUUGAGCCUAUGUCCUCAGCAUUUCUUUUCUGGCCAAAAGCUUUUGCAAGCAGAAAAUAAAAUGAAGUUCUAGGCACAAAUCGAAAGAAAAAAAAUGAAAAAAAUCUAAUGUCUUUUAGUUCACCUGUUUUAUAAAACGCAUGCAUUCUUAUUUACUCUUCUAAUGCUGAGUUUACUCUUUGUAAGUCCUUCUAUAUAGUAUCAUACUUUAUUGGAAAAUAACCCUAUAAGCUUUAUAUUACUUGCUAUAGAUUUAGGGAAUAUACCUCAAAUAAGUUGUUUUUUUUAAUGUAGGGAAAGCUUUUAUUUUCUGGGUUGAAAUGUCAUUAUUUCUUUUGUUGUUGUUAUUAUUUUUGUUUUAGCAAUUUGCUAAGCUAGUUCUUUGCAUAGUAACAUAAUGCCAUUUAAAUCUGUAUCCUUCUACCACACACUGCCUUUUUUUGUGAAAUAUCCACCUUAUCUAUCUCUCAACAUGUCUCAUAUAUAUUGCUACCCCCUUAUGUAUGUAAUAACAGAUUGCCCUAGCUGUUCUGUGCCCCACCUGCUCGCUCUCUUUCGGCGAGCCUUUCAUAAACAGGCAAUUUCACAUUGUGGUUUACAGCCCCAGUUCUGCAAUCCUAGCAGGGUUCCAUCUGUUCUCACUCUUCACGCAAUCUUCCCACCUGGCAUUCAUUUAUGUUACCUAGGCGAUGGGUAGGAUACUUGUUCUGCUCUAUCACCAACAGAGAUUGCUAGAAACUGUUACUUAGUGUUUUACGUUGUUAUAGUAUAUAUUGUCAGCAUAGUAGCUGAGGGAAUGACUUUUAACUUUCUUUUUUUUUUUAGCAGUAAAUAUUUAAUCUCUAAAACGAUCUUUUCUCCAUCCUUUCCUCCAACCCCAAAGCUGUGUGUGUUUCUAGUGCCUUGUGCUCACUCUUCCUCUCUGCAGAGCCAGGCUGGGCAUUGUAAACAGCUGGAUUUCUUCUCUUGCUGUUUUCAGCCUUUUAUAUCCCAUGCCACCUGUCUGCCUUAUACUGACUUUAGUGCUGAGCUGGCACUAGUAAGCAGAAGACACAAAAAGUGUGUUUGGGCAACAUUAGCUGCCUGUGCUUUUUCUGAAUAGUAUUUUUAAGUGUAUACAGGAAAAGGCUAGAUCAUGUUUAGCCUUAGAACUUUCAAAGAAUGGCCUUUGCUUCAGCCAGCAGAAAAUGUUUCAGAUCAUGUUCAUGUAUUCUCAAGCCUUACUGAAUUUUUCCCAGCUUCAUAUUGCAUAUGACUAUCUUGAAUAGAGGGGGGAAAUAGGAGUUCCCUUUCCUUGAGAGCUUUUGAGGCUAGGAACCAUUUCUUUUUAAAUACUUAUGCUUUUUAACAUUUUUCUAAUUGAGUAGAGGAACAGGAUUUUUUAAAGUAAGACUUAAAAAUAUGGGCCUUAACAGUGUUUUAUACUUCCUUCAUUGUGACAGCAUUGGUAUGCUGUCAACACUAAAUGAUUAAGAUGAUGACUUUGGAGCACUCAAGACAAGGCGUAAGGCGUUCUCCAUGUCUCACCUGGAAAAAUCACUUCAGCCUUUCAUUUGAUCAAGGUUCAUAAUACAAAGACAUUUUUGCUGGAGCCUAGAAAUUGAAUUUAAAAACUCACUGCACUGAUUUAUCAUGAUCUUUUGAUUAGCAUACCACGUCUUAAAAAUGAACAUAAUUUUUUAGCUCUUUUUUGCUUUUGCAAAAGUAUUUUCGUAUAUUUGCUCCAGAAGAAUGCAGCUUUUCUGAACUGGAAAAUUUUCAGCAUUCUUAAGCAUUUUAAACAAGUAGCCCAAUUUUUUAUUCUUAUCAUCUGCUUUGGGCUUAUGUGUAAGUAGUGUUUAUAAAGAAAAAUAAGAGCAUAUUUUGGCAUUAGAUACUUCGAAGGCCCAAAAUGCAAGAACAUUGCAGCUUCUCUGACCUUUGCAAGCAUCUCUUCCAGUUGCGCUUGAGCAGUUACUUUCUAGAUAUACAUCCUUCCAACAGAGCCUUACCACUUCUGAAAGCCAGAUCCUACGCAAGCAGAAUGGCUAUGAGAACUCCUGUAAUGUAACAGCAUCUAGAAUAAUAAUAGCUUUAGGGAAUGGGACUUACUUUUCUGGGACAAAGCUUUCAACCAUCUUUGUCAACAGCUAGGCAAUGGUGGAUUGAAAAGGUCACACUGCCCCAGGUUCUACUGAAAUAUAUGUCAAGUAAAAUCAUUGCAACUGAUCCAACAUUAAGCUUAGGACUCGUGUGCUGGAAUGUGCCUGACACACUAGUUUGGGGGUUCCACUCAAGACACCUAGGUAUUGUGAAAAGCGAAGUUGUUACAGCCAUUGUAUAAAAAGAGACAGAAAUGUAUCCAUUAUCAUAAGCUAUUUGCAUUGGUAAUAAAGGCCUAACCUUUUCCUGAGAGCUUAUAAGAAAGCCAGUGGGUUGUAGCCUCCCACUUGUCCCUUUUAGAAGAGGAUGAGAAUUCAAACAGCAAAGAAUUGUUUGAAUUAGCUUGGAGCCAUUUUGCCCCCUCCCCCCCCUGUAUUCUUCCGGCUUUUCUCUCAGGAAGUACACACUGUGAAUCACAGACUUUUCAUUUAGCCCCGGGUGACUUAACAAAAAAUAGUUUAAAAUUACUCACCUAAGAAUAGAAUCUCAGUGAAAUUUUCAGGAUGCACAGGAUGUUGAUAACUUAAAAAACAUAUAUUCCACCUAAUAAAUAUAUAGUUUGACCUUAAAAUGUGGUACAAUCCAUCUUGUUGAGAAAACCAAAGUACCAAACAUUUUUUAACUUAAAAUCACCUAUCUGUAUUCAUUUUUAAAUAGUCAUAGUUGCUUCUUUUAAAAAUGGUGUCCUUUAAAGUCAGUAAUGACACUUGUCAUUCCAAUAUGAAAAUUAAAUCAUGUAAACUUCCCUACUUGUCAACAACACAUACUGAAAUUCUUUUGUCCAAAGAGUUGCUUUUAAAUGACAAUUUGACUUUCUAUGAUAAGCAUGUAAGAAUGGCUUACAUUUUAUUUUCCAAACAUGCCUUUUUUGCAUAGUUGAUUCUAGGAGAGAAUUAUGUUAAAAGUUAACAUGUCACCUUAAUUACUUGUGUUAGUGAUAUUGGUAGAAUUCAAAAUUAUGCAUUAUUUACUUGGUGACAUAAAAAUAAAUGGCUUCUAAAUCUUUAAAAAUUAUUUAUAAAACUGGAGAAUGGAGUUAAUUCUUGACAAUGGAGAUAUUUUAAAGAUAACUUCAGUGUUGCAUAUAGUUUGAAAGAUAUAUUUUUCUUUAAAUCCAUCAUUAAGAAUUUAUAUUAAUGUUUCCUGUAACUCCAAAUUUAUCCAAAAAACAAAUUUCACAGAGAAGCUAUCCCAAGCACAGAUAAUCAUUUUCAAGAUUGAGUUGCACAAACUCAAACAUUUGUAUUCAUCCUUUCAGAGAAAUAAAAAAAAAACACUUAACUAUACAUGUCUAAGAUUAUUCACUGUUUAAAAAAACUAGCUUUUAAAGGCAUGUGUUUCCUAUGACAGCUGGACUUGGGAAAAAUUAUAAACCUUACCCCCAAAUCCUUUGUCAUCUUCACAGUAGAAAACCUUGAGCUUACCAAAGCCUGACAAGCAUUGUACAUCCUGGGUAAUUCCUGGUGUUCCCCCAAAUGCCUGCGAGGCUUCCUUUCAUGCCAUCUACUUUUUAACCCAGUUUUGAAACACAGGUAUACAUACAUACUUUAUGUCUCAAACAUCUCAACUUCUUUGUACUUUCUUAGGAAAUAAGCCAAAACAAUAUCUUUGCCCUUUAUCUUUUUACCUCUGUAAACAAAAGAACUGUAGAAUCAGAAAGGAUUCAUUUUUCUUAAUGUUUCUUUUCUCUUCUUUCUGGGCUUUUUAAAAUGAAAUACCAAAUGCCUUUUCUAGUCUUUUCUGUUAGCAUUCUCCAGGGAGCUCACUUAGCGUAAUGAAUGGACGCCUGUUAGGAUAUUUACAUUACCUUGAUUCUGGCGCUCUGGCCUUCAAGACGAAAAGAAGGACCACCUGAAAAUAAAUACAGGCUUUUCCUCAAGCAUCUACUGAAAUACUGUUACAGAAACUUAAAGUUAAAAGAGUAGGAAUGGAAGGAAGUUUUCUUGCAAAUUUCUGUUUAAAAUUCACAGUCCUAAGAGCUGGGUUGUUUGCUUAUUUAAUCUAGCAAAUUCCACAAGGUGGCGCCUUGAGAGAAAAAUAAAUACCUGACCAAGGCUAAAGAGGUACUUCUACAGACUUCAUUCUACCGUUAUUUUUCUGCACAUCUUUCUUUAACUCUUGCCUAAUGCUUGUUUUUCAGGAUAGUUUAUAGUUUUUAUAAUGUUCUGUAAUUUAGAUAUUGUUCUUAUCAGCUGGGUUCUGAAUGACUGCAAAUAAAUUAUGCUUGAGGAUGGCGUUUACUCCCAUUUUGAUCAUUUACAUGAAUAAAGAAAGCUUCCUCAUAUAUCCAGAAAACCAUUUUGGAGGUAUCAAGUUACCUCACUUUUCUGUUUUUUUCAAGAUACAUACUGAAAAGGCAACUCAUAUCUGUGAACAAGAUAGUUUUGUUAGGUGUAUAAAACUCUCAUGGCUACAGUCAAAACGCCCAUUCCUCUGUCUGCUCUCACAUCCACUAUCUACAAUGGUGGGCUUUUGACAGACUCAAAUUUUAAAUUCCUAAUUAAAAGUUAGGUGAGCAAAGUAAGUAGUGCUACAGUAACUAAACUAUUUAUUUUCCCUAAAGAAUUGCAGACUUGGAAGAGAGCCUCCAAAAUACCCCAAGUUCCCUAGCACAACCCAGCCGAGGUUGGCAAGGUGCUUGCCAUUUGAAGCAAAUCAUGCUACACGUAGCACUAGGAACUGUCAAGCCUCAGAGAAAUCAGCCCCCAUUCAUCCCUUUGUCCCCACAGAAGUAGAUUCCAUGUUAAACCCCUCAGUGGAAGACCGAAUUCAAGCUUCAGGUUAGUUACCUGGACGGUCUGGACACUCCUUGCUCGCUUUCCAAACUGGACACCCCCCACACCUGACAGCCUUCCUUCUAGGCCCUGCCCCCAGCAGUUGAGUGACAGGGAGUGUGGCUUCCAAGCCCCAUCCUGCCAGAUGCAGUCUGUGGGCCAGGGCCCUGCUGCUUCUCAGGAGCAUCUGUUGUGCACUGGGGAUGUAGAUCAUCCUAGAAGCAAACAGUGUCUUCUGCGUCUCAUUAAGUACAACACAGUUCGCACAUCCGGGUAUACAGAGAUGGUGGUGGGCACUGCUCUGCCAGCCCUACCAGGCAUCUCAAGCUCUUAAGCUCAGCUUUUUUUUCUUUUUAAAGGGAAGAUGUGUAAUUACAAGGAAGAUUUUUUUUAUUUUUUUAUUUUUUAUCAUUCUACAUAGAUGAUGGCAGAAGAUAUAUUCUUGGGAACGUUUAGUUUUGAAAAAUUGCUUGUUUUCUGGUUCAUCUUCAGUUGACAGAAGCUGAUUUGUUACUUUCCAGUUUCUUCUUUUUGUUAAUUAUAUGUAAGUUCAUUGUCUCAUGUAUUAGGAAAUUUUCCUGUUUGGAGGACUCUUCUGUGUGAAUUGUUUGCUCACACAAAUCAUUGAUCCCUUUUCUAUUUUAGGGGUUUGGACUGUCAAACUUAGUUUUUCUUACAGAAAAUAACAUGGCUACAGAUAGACUGCCAAGAACAAUGACUAGCACUAAACAGCACAACCACAUGAUUAUGUAAUUUCUAACUCUUUGUGGUUUCUAGCCAAAUUCCGUUGAUGUGCUUUGGUUACUUGAUAUUUUCUAAUCUUAAAUUUUAUGAGGCAAUGACAUUUAUUAGCUAGCAAAAUUUUCAUGGUCACCAACAAUUCUGAGUUUGACCUUGAAGCCUUUGAAUAACUAAAAUAGAUUCCAGCAUAAUACAUUUCUUGAAUCCCCAAGUGUGCUACAUUUUUUCACUCUGGUCCUGUUUGCAAGUAUACACAUGUAUAUUAUAGCUCCUCACUUUUUAUUGGUUUAUUUUCCUAUGACCAGUCAUAAAUGUAUUAUUAGUACAUGGAUUUAAUAGCAUCCUAGGAACAGCACUUAGCAGGUGAAGAAUUUUUUCAAGUUGUUCUACAUUUGCGUAAAUUAUUUCUAUUAUUAUUCAUGUAUGUUAUUUAUUUCUUGAAUCACACUAGUCCUGUGAAAGUGAAUCUGAAGGUAGAAAAUGUUAGGACUUCAUUUAACCUUCAUUAUCAUGGUUUUGAUGGAUCUAAGAAAAUAAACAUUAGACUAAAUCCCAAAAUAAGCUGCAUGCAUUUUUAACAUGACUCAUAGAUUUAAGUCUAUAGGUGUAGUACUUGGAGUAUCUCUGGCUUACUGUGUAAAAGAAUUAAAGCAAAGGACCUUGUAGUUGGCAGUUUUGUCAAAUAUGCAUAGAGUGUAGUGUGAAAUUAUAGCAAAGGUUUAAAAAAGAAGAAGCUAAUGGUAAAAUAUUUUAGAGGCUGCUUUAAUUAAGGAACUGGACCACGUGGCCAGUAGAUGCCAGGUGGAGUCAGGCCUCUAGGUGGCGCCACUUGUGUGGCCUAGUAAUAAAGCUUCCCUGUGCAGUCUAGUGUCCUAGUAGGUGUCCUGUGCAAUAGUGGGAACAAGUGUACUAUUGAGAGAGAAGCAGAAAGUAGUUCUGUAGAAGCAGAACUGGCAGCAUAUGCCUAGAGGCUUCUAGAAAAUGUCAGAUGGAGAAGUCCAAGUUUCCAGGCUUCAGGAAACUUAGCUAUGUACAGAAGCAAUCCAGCUGGGUAAUAAAAAAGCAAGGAUUCCAAGUACCAUUAUUGACAAAGGGAUGUUUAACCAACAAUCCCCAAUACCCCAAAAGCUGGUUGUGUUUCUGGUAGUUUUGGUUUGAUCUGAAGGUUCAAGGGCAAGUGUUUUUGUAUAGAAGAGAAAGUGUUAAGAAAUGUGUUAAGAAAAGCACAAUCAGUUCCCAGAGAGUGCAGAUGAGGGAGUUUUAUUGUAAGAAUCUCAUUUCUGAGAUGUGUAGAAAUACAUUUUCACCAUAAAAUGUAUUAGUGUUUCUGCAUUCUUGUAGGGCCUACUUCAUAUUUUCUUCUAGGCUAUCAUAUGCUGUGAGCUUCUUUUUGUCUGACUUAUUUUUUAUAAUAGAAAAUAUUUUUUAAAGUAAAAAAAUCUCAAUUGGGACAUUAGGCUUGUUGGUUUCUGUGUUUGAAAUCACAGUUGUAGAGCUGUAGGCUGUGCACUCCAGAUGCUAACAUAGGCUGUGUGAACCAGUCCAGGAUGGCCAAUUAUACCUCCCCCCACCCCCAUACAUCAGUCCUUUGCAUCUCUUCCUCUUUCCCACUUAAGGUGCUCCCUGCCACCACCCUGAGCUGUCUACCGGGUGAUUCCUUCUUUCUCUGCUGAUUUUUGGGCAUAAAAAAGAUGUGAUAAGCAAUAUUUUAGGCACCAAAGUCCCAACCUAGGCCUGGCUAUCACCCCAACCUGACCUUUGGCUGGCCAUAGUCAUCAAGAGGUGGUUCUUGAUAGUGGGCACAGGAUGUGCUUAUGACAUCCAUCAGACAGACUCUCUAGCAUCUUCAUAUGCAUCUUAUGCUGCUUAAGCCAAGUCAUUCUUACACAGAGUAUUCACUUUUGGCUGUGUACCAGGAGACCAACUAACCAAGAAUAAAACCACAUUCCAGACUGUUUUCUACCCAUCUACCAUCUAUACUUUGACUGUGUUUCUUCAUACUUGAAGCUCAUUCUGCUAUUUUAAUAUCAGGGUACAGACAUCAGGGUGCAUGUUCCUUCAUGGUGCAUAAUUCCUCUCGUUCCAAUUGCUCAUAUUGCUACAGAGUGCUUGUUUUGGUGCUUUGGGUUCUGCAGGUCAAAGAAGCAGUGUGGAAAAUCACUGUCUGGAGCACAGUCUUACAGAAAUAUUGGCAGAUGACUUGGUGUUAAGGAUAUUGCUUCUGCUCUCUUCUCUGUACACGAGACAAAGUUAUGGCACUGGCCCGUGCGCUGCUCAAGGGUGAGUAUAGCACAUUCCUUGAAAAGUAAGGAUUUCUCUAUGUGGCCAGAUCAUUACCCUCCAAGAAAAAAUGACCUUGGGUACAGACAGCAACAGAAUGAGAAGGGCUGAGAGGUCAUGCCGCUCAAAUGACCAUCUCCCAUUUCACACAGCCUUCCUGAGGGAAAACAAAAGACAGAAAGAAAGCUUAUCUCUAAGGUUACCCUCUUUGGUGGUCCCUGAACUGAAUGAAUGCUCUGUCUCCCUUUCUUUGAGUCAGAUGAAAAUAUUGGUCAGUUUGCUCAAAUUUUUUGCACUUGGACAGAAGAACGGAAAUGCAGGCAUUCAUAUUUUGUAAAA